AUGGACAAGCUUCCACAGGAGCUAGUCGACCGCAUCAGCAGUUACCUCGGCCGCCAAGAUCUCCGGAACACUUUGUUGCUGUCGCGUCAGUUCCAAUAUGCAGCCGAACAGUACUCGGCAACUUUUGAGAGCUACGUGUUGACCGAAAGCAAUGCCGAAAAAUUCCUAGCCACAUACAGUAAUCGCAGGUUCAAUUACCUUCGCUACAUACACUUCAGCACCGAAUUCCCCGAAUUCGAUUCGAACGACAAUGAAGACAAUUGUCGGGAAUCACUCGAAGAGCUCGAGUCUUUGGAUCAAGAAUUCACCCGCCAAAUCAACUUCCUCUUUUCAACAGUGGAUGCAAUCGAAUCUCGGCAGGCAGAUGUUUCCAACCUAGGCAGAAUUGAUUUGUCAAUUUAUACACCUAAAAGAUCGGUAAACAGAGAGAAAUUUUGCCUCCAUCAAACCUUCGUUAGUUGGCGUGUGCAUCUCCUCUCAUCAGCGACACUCCCUCAGCUCUCCUCAAUACAGCAUCUUCGUGUGCUCGACCCUGACCAGGAAUUCUACUCAGAUGGUCUCGACCCGGCUUUGCGAAUGCUGGACCAUCGUAUCCUCCUAGACCUCUCCAAUAAGCUGCCGAAUCUGCAUUCCCUGACAUGCAAGGUAGGCGGUGGCGAAUGGCAUGGCAGUUUCGUAAACGAGGGUUUGCGACACAUCACACGAGAUUGGGCAGGGCCUCGCCGAGAUUCGCGUCAUGAUUUUAGAAAAGCGCUUGUUGAGGGAGCCCUCUCUUCCCUGCGUCAUGUCGAUUUAGACUUCCUCUAUCCGCUCGAUCUGACAGAAUCUAUCGAUCAAAGGCGCAGCCUGCCAAAUCUGGUCAAACCGGCGGCCUUUGACCCGUUCAGUACGAGUAUCCGCCUCCUAUCCUAUCAGCUUCGCAGCAUGAAACUUUGCGUUGUAGCAGAUGAAACGCUAUUCUGGCCGACGGUCAGAGAUGGCAGCACGCCUGCGUGGCCUAACCUCAAGAGCAUCGAUGUCAUGUUUCACAUCGCAGCACCCUCAGGCUCCUGGUACUUCCAAGGGAUACCUGGAGUGGGAUCCGUAGAGGGCUUUGACGUCACUAACGACAUGUAUCCACCUUUGACUACCACUGACAAAGAUACACAUGAUGAUGUUAUGGCCAUGGAAACGAACUGGGAUAAUCAGCAACGCAUCGUUCAAUUUCGCGUUACUCCCAACGAAAGGCUAUUAGUCCCGUUCCUUACUGCUUUUGCCCGGGCCCUCGCACAUAUGCCUUCGUUGAAGGAUGCUGCACUUUGGUCACCCCUCACUCUCGAACUUUCGGCGCUGGAAUCCGAGGAUAGGUACAGGAGGUUUGAUACAACUCAAGUGACCAAUUUUCCAGACGCAGAUCAUGUGGGUCUUGCAUGGGGCAUGGCGUACAGAAAACCUGGCGUGAAAGCCUUCGACUCUUGGAAUGGAGAGGACUUCUGCGCCAGCCGCCAGCUUUGGUGGCGUGUCGGGAAAUGGCGUCCUGGCUCUGAAUUGCACGAAUUGUAUCGACAGGUUGGGAGAGAUAGGCAUGGGUAUCAGCUGAAAGAGUACUGGGAUGCUUUUAUGGCCGGGGAAGGACUGACCUACCGCGAUGACUUCGAGAUGUGUCCGACUAUGCCUGAGCCACCGGAUGUUGGUUUGACUUGA